AUGUCGAAUACAAAGCCAAAUGUGGCCAUCAUAGGCUCAGGUCUCGCCGGCUUGAGCCUUGCAUUGGCUUUAAACCAGCAAUCCAUUCCAGUGACCAUCUACGAAUCUCGACCAGGUCCUCUCAACAUCGGUGGAGCAGUCAUGCUGUCACCUAAUGCACUACGCAUCCUUGAUCAUCUACAAAUUUACAAGUCUGUGAAAGAGAAAGGUUAUAGUUUCGAGACCCUUCAUUUUCGAGAUCUGUCCGGCAAGCUACUGGAGACCUUUGAUUUCGGAAGUGAAGAAAAAUAUGGAUAUAAUGGUCUUCGUAUCUACCGCUACGCGCUCAUCGAUGAGCUACUGGCAGCAAUCAAAGAAAAAGAAAUUCCAAUACAUUUUGGAAAGCGAUUCGUCAACAUCGUCGAGGACAGUCUAACGGAUGGUGUAACUUUUGCAUUCACUGACGGCAGCACAGCGUCCGCUAGUAUUCUUAUUGGUGCAGACGGUAUUCAUUCUACAGUUCGUCAAUACCUAUAUCCGGACCUAGAGCCUCAAUUCAUCGGCAUGGCGGGUAUUACGGCAGCUGUACCAACAACCCAACUGAAGCUGCCCCAAGACUACCAUAUUCCAGUGACAAUAAUGUCUCCUCGGGGGGCAUUUGUCAUUGCCCCGCAACAGAACGAUGGAUCUGAGGUAUUAAUCGGCAAGCAGCAACGUGUUUCUGCGGGUGAAUCUGGUUGGGAUCGCGAAUUUGUCGCUGAUAAGGAAGGUGCUUUGAAGUUUUUGCAGUCCGACAACGCGCAUUUCCCUGAGUUUGUCCAGAAUGCUGUUUCUCAGAUCGACCCUGCCAAGGUCAAUAAAUGGCCGUUCUUCGUUGUUCCUAAACUUGAAAAAUGGGCAUCAGAGACAAGGCGAGUACUCAUCGUUGGAGAUGCUGCACAUGCUAUUCCCCCAUCUUCAGGGCAAGGUAUCAACCAAGCUUUUGAAGAUGUCUACAUUUUAGCAUUAUUACUCGGUAAAGCAGAGAAAAUUAGGAACAUGCAGGAUGCUUUGAGUUUCUGGCAGACAUAUCGCCAGGAGAGGGUUGAUAAGGUUCUUGAACUUAACAAGAAGAUUGAUAUGCGACGGAUGCCAUCCGACCAUACGGUCGUUGAUGUCGAGAGCGACUUUGCCAGAGAGGAAUUCGACCUGACUUGGCUGUAUAAUCCAGACUUCCAAAAGAGGGUUGAUGACUGGGUUUCUCUAAAUGAAAAGUAG